AUGGAAAAUUUGAUUGGGAGUGAUGAUGAUAAUGCAGAGUAUGAAGGGGAUGGAGAAUCUGAAGAGGGUAAUCAAGAGUAUGAAGAGGAUGAUGAAUCUCAAGAAAGUGAUCCAAAUUUUGAAGAGUAUGAUGAAUCUGAAAAUAGUGAUCCAGAGUAUGAAGAAGAUGAGAGACAAAUAGAAGAUGAAGAUCAUAUGGAUGACAUAAUGGAUGUUGACAACAAUAUACAGGAUGUGGAUGUGGACAUGGGAGACUUCACUCUCAAUGUUGAAAGUGAUGUGGAAGGUUCUUGUAUAAAUGUUGUUCAUGGGCAUGAACCUGAAGAUAUGGAAGUGAUUAACAAUGAGGAAUUUGAAUCUUUGGAUGAAGGAUCCGACCAAGACAGAGAGAGAAGAGCUCUUAUCAAGAAUUUGAGAAAAGAAAAAAGGCUUAGGGCACAGUGUAGAGGUGUUGUACCUGUCACCAAUAAAGGCCAAGUGGGUAGUCAAGCUACCACUUCAAAAAGAAAGGGUAAAGAAUUAAAGACACAAAAAGUAACAUGUGGUUGGUACAUUCAUGCAUCUAGGUCAAAUCCUGAAUCCGACUGGUUUAUAAGGACCUUAAACCAAACUCACACAUGUUUGCAAACAAGGAAACUCAGGGCUUGUACUGCUUCUUUAAUCAGCAAGAAAAUCUUUGAUCAAGUUGAGGCGAAUCCAGAUAUACCUUUGAGAGCUAUACAAGAUCACUUUCAAAAGACCUACCAAGUGGGUGUUAGUAUGGACAAGGUGUUCAGGGCAAAGGAUAAGGCAAGAAAGCAUGUAACUGGUGACUACACAAAGCAGUAUGAACUGUUGAGGGACUAUGUUCUCGAACUUCAAGCCACCAACCCAGACACCACAGUGAAAAUAGAUGUAUGUUCUGAGCCUAACCCUGAUUCCCCAACUAGGCAGUUUAGAAGAAUUUAUGUGUGCUUGGGUCCACUGAAAAAAGGGUUCAAGGCAUGCCUUAGGGACUUAUUAGGUUUUGAUGGUGCCUUCAUGAAAGGACCAUUCCCUGGGCAAGUCCUUUCAGCAGUUGGUCUUGAUUCCAAUAAUGGAAUUUACCCAUUAGCAUAUGGGAUUGUUGAGUCUGAAAACACAGAAAGCUGGAAAUGGUUUUUAGAUAACCUUGGGGAUGACUUGGACCUUGGAAGAAACUCAAAUUUUACUUUCAUAAGUGACAGGCAAAAGGGUUUACAUACUGCAGUUGAGCAAAUUUUUCCCAAUGCUGAGCAUAGAUAUUGUAUCAGACAUAUUCAUGACAAUAUGAGGAAAAGAUGGAGGCAAACAGAGUACAGGGACCACUUAUGGAGGUGUGCAUCAGCUACCACCAUUCCUGAGUUUGAACAUUUGAUGAAGGAGUUUAGUCAGUAUGAUAAGGAGGCAUGUGAAUGGUUGAAGCAAAUUCCUCCUAAACAUUGGGCAAGGAGUCAUUUUUCAGGAAGAGCAGUUUCUGAUGUGUUGAUAUCAAACAUGUGUGAAGUGUUUAAUGGGAAGAUAGAGAAAGGAAGGGAUAAACCUGUCAUUGGAUGUUUAGAAUUCAUAAGGGAGUAUCUAAUGAAGAGGAUAUGCAAUGUCAUGAAGGAAAUGAAAAAGGCUAAAGGUCCACUAACACCCACAGCAACAGACAUCCUAGCUGCAAGAAAAACAGUUGCUUCACAAUACAUUGCUAGGUGGAAUGGGGGAGACAAGUAUCAAGUCACAGGAGCUUUGCAGGAUCAACAUGUGGUUGAUGUUAGGAACAAAACAUGCACUUGCAGAAAAUGGGAAUUAAUUGGAAUUCCAUGCAGACAUGCAAUUGCAACUCUGAAUGAGAUGAGUAAAGACCCAGAGGCUGAGCUUGACAUUUACAAAUGGGUUCACAAGGUGUAUUUUCUAGAGACAUGGAAAAAGGCUUAUUCUUUUAAGGUGGAGCCAAUUAAGGGUAGAUCCAUGUGGCCCAAAAGUGAAUGUCCCACAAAGCUAAUCCCUCCUCCACAUCGCACUCAGGUGGGAAGGCCUAAGAAAAAGAGAAGACAAAGUGAGGGUGAAAGGUUAAGCAAAAAGCAGAAGGCAAGUCAAGGUGAUGGAGUGAAUGCUGCACAAGAAGGAGGUUCCCAAAAACCAACAAAUGAUGGAGUGCAGAAGCUAUCAAGGAAGCAUAUCAGUGUUACUUGUAGCAAAUGCAAGAACAAGGGACACAACUCUAGGACCUGUAAAGGGCAAGGUGGGAAUCAAUCCAAGAAGUAA